GUAUGAACAAUCUUUGUAGCGGCUGACUUGACUUCGUCUUGAACGUGUACGAGGGUGGCCUGACCGGAGUCCCCGUUCUGCGACUUCUGGCGCUUCGUAACAUUUUGAACUUCAUUCAUGUGAGCAUCAAGGCGAGUCUGCAGAGUGCGCGAUGGCCGGCCCAGAGCUCCUGCUGGACUCCAGCAUCCGUUUGUGGGUAGUGCUGCCCAUUGUCUUCAUCACUUUCCUGGUGGGUGUCAUCCGCCAUUAUGUCACUCAACUGCUGCACACUGACAAGAAGGUGGACCUGGAGCAGGUUUCUGACAGUCAGGUGCUCCUGCGCAGUCGCAUCCUCCGAGAAAACGGCAAAUAUAUCCCCAGACAGUCGUUCACAAUGAGGAAGCACUACUUUAACAAUGAGGAAACAGGCUUCUUCAAGAAGGUUAAGAGAAAAGUCAUUCCCAAAAACCCAAUGACAGAUACGAGCAUGCUGACAGACAUGAUGAAAGGAAACCUGACUAACGUGCUGCCCAUGAUCGUGAUCGGCGGCUGGAUCAACUGGGCCUUCUCCGGAUUCGUCAUAACCAAGGUUCCGUUCCCGCUGACACUGCGGUUCAAACCAAUGUUGCAACGCGGCAUUGACCUGCUCACGUUGGAUGCGUCCUGGGUGAGUUCUGCCUCCUGGUACUUCCUUAACGUGUUUGGCCUGCGGAGCAUGUACAGCCUCAUCCUGGGACAAGACAAUGCUGCCGAUCAAUCGCGUGGCAUGCAGGACCAGAUGACGGGUGCCGCCAUGGCCAUGCCCCCGGACCCCAACAAGGCCUUUAAGAGCGAGUGGGAGGCGCUGGAGAUUGUGGAGCACAAGUGGGCGCUAGAGAACGUGGAAGAGGAGCUCAUGGCUCGAGAGCUCAACUUUGCAGAGGUCUUCAGCCAGGACUUGAAGUCCACUGUGUUUUAGAGGAAGGCGUUAGAACAGGGCUGGGCAAAGUGUCGCCUGGGGGCUCUCUUUCAUCUGGCUCACUGUUAUUUAUUUUGUAAAAAAAAUUUAAAUAAAAAUAUAAAAUAUAAGCAAUGGAAGUCCUUUUUUUUAAUAUAUUGUAAAUAUGUGAAAUGAACUUUCAUUUUUUUGUUAGAAUUACAUUCAUUAAAAAUAAAAUGAUUAAAUGAGCCUAAAUUAUUUUGUUAAAACACUCAUUGUACACUAAAUGGGUGCGACUCAUUUACAGUGAGUCAAUUAAGGAUUUUAUUUAGUAACUUCAGAAAAUACAAAAUGUUUAUUUUUUUAUUGCUUUUAAAAAUGGGGGCUUAAUGUAGGAAUGAGCUGGCCCAACUAUCAAAAUCAAAUUUGGCUCUCAAAAAUGUGCCCAGCCCCGUUCUUGAAGCUGUUACCUCUCACUUGUCAGAAAUCAGAGAUAAAUAAUCUGAUUAAUCAA